CAUGAGAAAAGAUUCUACAAAGUUUUUGGGUAUAAGUGUUGUUGGACAGAGCAACAAGGGAGAUGAUGGAGGAAUUUACGUUGGUUCCAUUAUGAAAGGCGGUGCCGUUGCUCAAGAUGCUAGAAUUGAACCUGGUGAUAUGUUGUUAGAAGUAAACGGAAAUAGUUUUGAGAAAAUCAGUAAUGAUGAAGCUGUUAAAUUACUUAGGGAAGCAGUCCAUAACCCUGGACCAAUUACGUUAGUUGUUGCCAAAUGCUGGGAUCCUGAACCAGAAAAAUACUUUUCAGUACCCAGAGAGGAACCUAUCCGGCCAAUAGAUCCAGCUGCUUGGUUAGAGCAUACAUCAGCGGCUCUUAAUGUUGAUAAAAUGUCUCAAAGCGUUUCGACAUUAGCGUCUAUUCCCUCUUCUAUCGCAUCUGAAACAAAUUUAAGUAUUGAAGCUGAUAUGAUAAGCGUUAUUAAAUCUAUGUCACAUCCCGAAUCUCGUUUGAAAAUGAAUAGUCGUCAAGAAUUUUUAGGAUCUGAUCUCAUAUCCUGGUUGUUUAGUAAUGUUGAAGGUUUCGCUAGUAAAACAGACGCUAGAAAAUAUGCGUCUAAAUUGUUAAAUGCCGGAUUUAUACACGAAGCUGUUGAUAAAGGAGAGUUUUUUGAAGGGGCUUAUUACGUUUUUGCGGAAAAACUGCCACGUAAAACGGUUUCGGAAAGACCAGUUGAAUACGAACCAAUAGGUAGAUUGACUCCUGCAGAAUGGGCACCGCUGUAUCGGCCACAGAUUCCACCUCCACCAGCAUCGUACGCCUCUCUAGCCGCUGCUAAGAAUCGCAAAUUAUCUGAGGAUGAAAACGGUUGUGCGAAGAAUGGUACUGAAUGCAGUAACUUUAUGACGGGCCUGAGAAAAAUGUUUAACAAAAAAGCAGAAAAGAAGAUGAAAGCGAAGAAAUUCGAUGAAAAAUUUUACGAUUCAACUUCGUCAAGUGACGAAGAACAACAGAACGUUUAA